AUGACUCGAAUUGAGGAGAUCCCUACUUCAACCAUGAAGGCCUUCCCUCAUGUGUUCGAUGACCCCAAGACCCUCCCCAAGUCUGUUGACCCCUUCACCAUCACGGCUGCUUCGGGUUUCAUGCCUACCAUCCUCCCACCAGCCGGCCUGCCGGAAGUGUUUGCUCCAUUGACUUCCAUCAUGGACCGCCUCCCUGUCCAAAAGGCUGAUGGAACCCCUGGACUCCUUGCCACCUAUGACCUUGGUCCCGUCGUCCAUGCUGAGCUCCCGGAUCUCACGGAUGAGGUUGAUAAGGUCGUCACUGCUGAUGGCAAGCCAGACCUAUAUACUCUUACCGCCGUGUUCAGAGACUACUCCUUCCUUGCCUCUUCUUACCUCUUGGAACCCUGCUGGAAGUCCUGGAACACCACUCCCGACCAGAGCUAUGGUCUCGGACGGGAAAGACUGCCUCACUCCAUUGCUGGCCCAAUGUACCGAUGUGCCCAGAUCUUGGAUCUCCCGCCAUUCCUCUCAUACGCGGCAUCCUAUGCCCUAUUCAACUAUGCCCUUGCAGACACCUCCAAGGGAUAUGACUACUCUAACUUGAGACUCAUCCGUGGCUUCGAGAACGGUCUUGACCCAGCCAGCUCUGAGGCCGGCUUUAUCCUGACCCACGUUUACAUGGUCAAGGAGACCGGCUCCCUGGUUGACGGUGUUGUCCGUAUCCUCAACGCCGUUGAGCAAGGUGCUGACCGUGCUACUGUCAACGAUGCCUACCGAACCAUUCUUGAAGGUAUGACCAAGAUCGAAGCCUGUAUGGAAGACAUGUGGAAGAACUCCAAGCCUGGUGACUACAUCUCGUUCCGAGUCUUCAUUUUCGGAAUUACCUCCCAGUCUAUGUUCCCCAAUGGCGUUGUCUACGAGGGUAUUGAAGACAACAAGCCUUUGAACUUCCGUGGAGAGUCUGGAGCCAACGACAGCAUCAUCCCACUCCUCGACCACCUCUGCCAAAUCCCCAUGCCAGACACCCCCUUGACUAAGAUCCUGCACGAGUUCCGCGCCUACCGCCCAAUGCCUCACCGCAAGUUCCUUGCCCACGUCGCCGCUAAGUCCCAAGAGCUUGACAUCCCCAAGUACUCCACACAGGACCCAGAGACCGUCUUCCUCUACCUAAAGACUCUCGACCAUGUCCGCAGUUUCCGAUGGAGACACUGGCUCUUUGCCAGAGAGUACAUCAUUAAGCGUACCAGCCAUCCAACUGCCACCGGAGGAAGCCCCAUCGUCACUUGGCUUCCCAACCAGCUCUUUGCCGUCAUGGACCUCAUGCUUGCCACUUAUGACCGUUCCGUCGUUCCACUUCUGAAGAACGGAACCGGUGCCCAGGGUGAGAACCUCGGAUCAUUUGACAAGUACAAGGACCAAGUCGAGGAGAUGAUGGAGCUUGUACGAGACCAGAGGGACAAGCUAGACAAGGAAGUUGGUAAAUGGUGCCAGGAACGCGGAGUUCCAGCUAAAUAA